GCCGCCAGUCCCGGUGGCGCUGCCGGGGAGGCAGGAGGGGAGCCCUGGCUCUGGCUGAGUGGUGCUGCUGCGGAGGAGGAGGAACAGAAGGAAGGGCGCCCGCCCGCCAUGUCCUCCUCCUGCUCUGCGUCGGGCGGGCUCCCAGCCUGGGGCUCUUGCUAGCCUGGUCUUGGCCCCCCGGGCUCCAUGGUGGUUGAGGCGGAGGAGGCUUCGCGGGGAGCAAGAAGGAGGAAGAGAGGGAGGAGAAGGAGGAGAAGAAGAAGAAGAAGGAGAGGAGGAGGAGGAGGGCAUGGCUGCCCAGGGGGACAGCUGCAGCGUCAAGGUGGCCGUGAGGAUCCGUCCUCAGAUGCCAAAGGAGAAGAUCGAAGGAUGUCACAUCUGCACCUCAGUAACACCUGGAGAACCUCAGGUACUCCUGGGAAAGGACAAAGCCUUUACUUACGACUUCGUCUUCGAUCUGGAUACUUGGCAGGAGCAGAUCUAUACAACCUGUGUGGGCAAGCUUGUUGAGGGCUGUUUCGAAGGAUACAAUGCCACAGUGUUGGCGUAUGGUCAGACAGGUGCAGGUAAGACGUACACCAUGGGCACUGGCUUUGAUAUGAACAUCUCUGAAGAAGAAAAUGGCAUAAUUCCACGGGCCAUUUCCCACCUAUUUAGUGGUAUAGAGGAGCGCAAGAGAGCAGCACAGGAACAAGGUGUGCCAGCACCAGAGUUCAAAGUUAGUGCACAGUUCUUGGAGUUGUAUAAUGAGGAGAUCCUGGACCUCUUUGAUAGCACACGUGACCCUGAUUCCCGCCACCGGAAGUCAAACAUCAAAAUCCAUGAAGAUACCAGUGGUGGGAUCUACACUACGGGUGUUACAUCACGUCUCAUUGGCUCGCAGGACGAGCUGAUUCAGUGCCUGAAGCAGGGUGCUCUGUCCCGAACCACAGCCAGCACCCAGAUGAAUGUCCAGAGCUCCCGCUCCCAUGCUAUCUUCACUAUCUACCUUUGCCAAAUGCGUGUGUGCUCUCCUGUACACUUGGUGAAUGGAGACACAAAUAGCCUCCUUGAGGGAUCCCAGCCUACCAGUGAGUACGAGACACGAACUGCCAAAUUUCAUUUUGUUGACCUGGCUGGCUCAGAGAGGUUGAAGCGGACAGGUGCUACAGGCGAGAGAGCCAAAGAAGGGAUCUCCAUCAAUUGUGGUUUGUUAGCACUGGGAAAUGUCAUCAGUGCUCUUGGUGAUCAGAGCAAGAAAGCCCUGCAUGUGCCCUACCGAGAUUCAAAAUUGACACGGCUCCUUCAAGACUCCCUUGGUGGGAACAGCCAAACUAUAAUGAUUGCCUGUGUGAGCCCUUCAGACCGGGACUUUAUGGAGACCCUGAACACCCUUAAGUAUGCCAAUCGUGCUCGCAACAUCAAGAACAAAGUGGUGGUGAAUCAGGAUAAGACAAGUCAGCAGAUCAGUGCCCUGAGAGCUGAGAUUGCUCGGCUUCAAAUGGAGCUCAUGGAGUACAAAGCGGGUAAGCGUGUCAUUGGAGAGGAUGGCUCAGAUGGCUACAGUGACCUGUUUCAUGAGAACGCCAUGCUUCAAAAGGAGAACACCACUUUGCGUAUGCGGGUAAAAGCAAUGCAAGAAGCUAUUGAUGCAAUCAAUAUACGGGUUACCCACUUGAUGAGUCAGGAAGCAAACCUGAUUCUUGCCAAGGCAGGUGAUGGCAAUGAGGCUAUUGGUGCUCUGAUCCAGAAUUACAUUCGGGAAAUUGAGGAGCUCAGAACAAAACUCCUGGAGAGUGAAGCUAUGAAUGAGUCACUGCGUCGCAGUCUGUCACGUGUUUCAUCUAGGCUUCCCUAUUCACUGGGCUUAUCUCCAGGGCCUGGAAUGGGGACAACUAAUAGUCCUGUUGCCUCUGUACAAGCAGAAGUCUCUGAGGUCCUCCAGUGGGCCAAACAAGACUUGGAACGGCUGAAGAAGGAAACUAAGCAACAAAGGAAAAGCCCAGAGAAAGAAAGCUUUAAGAAAAGGUUGAAGCUGCAGCAGGGAAAUGAGGCAGAUGAGACAGAUGAGAAUGAGGUGGAAGAGGAAGAACGAGAAGAAAGUGGUUGUGAGGAAGAAGGGGGUCAGGAAGAAGAAGAGGAAGAAGAUUCAGGAAGUGAAGAAAGCCUGGUGGAUUCUGAUUCAGAUGCUGAAGAAAAGGCAGCAAAUUUCCAGGCUGAUCUGGCUGACCUGACCUGUGAGAUUGAGAUCAAACAGAAACUAAUAGAUGAACUGGAGAACAGCCAAAGGCGCCUGCAGACACUGAAGCACCAGUAUGAAGAGAAGCUGAUUCUGCUGCAGAACAAGAUCCGUGACACACAAUUGGAGAGGGACAGGGUCCUGCAGAAUCUCAGCUCUAUGGAGUGUUACACUGAAGAGAAAGCCAACAAGAUCAAAGCAGACUAUGAGAAACGUUUACGGGAGAUGAAUAGGGAUCUGCAGAAAUUACAGGCAGCCCAGAAAGAACAUGCUCGCCUCCUGAAGAACCAGUCUCGAUAUGAGCGAGAGUUGAAGAAGCUGCAUGCGGAAGUGGCAGAGAUGAAGAAAGCCAAGGUGGCACUAAUGAAACAAAUGCGUGAGGAGCAGCAGAGGCGGAGACUGGCAGACACCAAAAGGAAUCGGGAGAUUGCCCAGUUAAAGAAAGAGCAGCGCAGGCAAGAGUUUCAGAUCCGAGCACUAGAAUCUCAGAAGCGCCAGCAGGAGAUUGUACUGCGCAGGAAAACCCAAGAGGUCUCUGCUCUGCGUCGUCUGACCAAACCUAUGUCUGACCGGGUUGCUGGGAGGAUGAACCAGAAGCAAGCCAUGGUGGACUCAGGUGCUGAGGUCUCUACUAGUACCACUUCCUCAGAGCAAGAAUCUGGUUCUCGUUCUGUUUCCAGUAUUGUGCGCCAGUGGAAUCGAAAAAUCAAUACCUUUCUAGGAGACUCCCCUCCUUCUGCAAAUGGGACCCGAACCAUCAGGAAGAAGUUCCCAAAGAAAGGGGCAAACCAGACCUUCAGUAAAACAGCCCGCCUAAAGUGGCAGUCGCUGGAGCGCCGUGUUUUUGACAUUGUCAUGCAGAGGAUGACAGUCAUCAAUCUUGAAUCUGAUAUGGAGCGGCUCAUCAAGAAACGUGAAGAACUGUCACUGAUGCAGGAGAUGCUCCUAGGGAAGAGAGAAAAACUGCAGUCAGAAAACCCUGAAGAGCAGAAGGGGCUGCAGGAGCUGAACGAAGAGAUUGAAGUGUUAGCAGCCAACAUUGACUACAUUAAUGACAGCAUUUCUGACUGCCAGGCCACCAUCAUGCAGAUUGAGGAAACUAAGGAAGAACUGGAUUCUACAGACACCUCUGUGGUGAUCAGCUCCUGCUCUUUGGCUGAGGCAAGGCUUUUGCUGGACAAUUUCCUUAAGGCAUCCAUAGACAAGAGUCUACAAGUAGCCCAGAAGGAAGCUCAAAUCCGUUUGCUGGAAGGACGCUUGAAACAAACAGAUGUAACUGGGUCCUCUCAGAACCAUCAUAUCCUGGAUGCCCUGCGGGAAAAAGCAGAAUCUCACCCUGAGCUACAGGCACUUAUACACAAUGUACAGCAAGAAAAUGGUUAUGCCAGCACAGAUGAGGAAAUCUCCGAGUUCAGUUUGGCCUCAGAGGGGAGCUUUUCCCAGUCUUUCUCCAUGAAGGGCUCUGCCAGUCAGGAUGACUUCAAGUGCAGGGGAGAGCCCAAGCUUUCUGGGCAGAUGAAGGCUGUGUCUGCAGAGUGCCUGGGGCCCACACUGGACAUCACUACCAAGAACAUCACCAAGUCGUUAGCAUCACUCAUGGAAAUCAAAGAGGAUGGCAUUGGAUUCUCUAUCCGUGACCCUUACUACAAAGAAAGGGUCUCCCGCACCAUCAGCCUUCCUAUCCGAGGGAGCACAUUCCCCCGACAGUCCCGUGGUGCAGACACAUCACCCCUCACGAGAAGAAAGUCAUAUGACCGGGGUCAGCCCAUCAGAAACCCGGAUGUUGGAUUCACUCCUCCCUCAUCCCCUCCUAGCAGACCACGGAAUGACCGCAAUGUCUUCUCUCGCCUCACCAGCAACCAGAGUCAAGGCUCGGCUCUAGACAAGUCUGAUGACAGUGACUCCUCUGUCUCGGAGGUGCUGAGGGGCAUCAUUAACCCAGUGGGAGGCUCCAGGAGUGCCCGGACAGCCCCACUACAGUGCAUCUCUGUGGCAGAGGGACACACCAAGCCUGUUCUGUGCCUGGAUGCUACUGAUGAAUUGUUGUUUUCUGGAUCCAAAGAUCGAAGCUGCAAAAUGUGGAACUUAGUGACUGGCCAGGAAAUUGCCUCUUUGAAAGGCCACCCAAACAAUGUUGUCUCCAUAAAAUACAGCAGCCAUUCUGGCCUGGUAUUCACAGUCUCUACCUCUUAUAUCAAAGUGUGGGACAUUCGGGAUUCUGCAAAGUGUAUCCGCACUCUCACUUCAUCCGGCCAGGUGAUUGCUGGUGAUGCCUGUGCUGGAACCACUACCCGCACCAUCACCAGUGUGCAAGGAGAGCACCAGAUCAACCAGAUUGCACUUAACCCCACAGGCACUACUCUUUAUGCAGCCACUGGCAAUUCUGUCCGCAUCUGGGAGCUGAACAGGUUCCAGCCCAUUGGGAAGCUGACAGGCCAUAUUGGUCCUGUUAUGUGUCUCACAGUGAACAGGACUCCAAGCAACCAUGACCUGGUCAUCACAGGAUCUAAAGAUCAUUAUGUCAAGAUGUUUGAGAUUGCAGAAGGGGUUGGUGGGAAUGUUGGCCCUACUCACAACUUUGAGCCUCCACAUUAUGAUGGCAUUGAGUGCCUAGCUAUUCAGGGAGAUGUUCUCUUUAGUGGCUCCAGGGACAACGGGAUCAAGAAGUGGGACCUGGAGCAGCAGGAGCUCAUUCAGCAAAUCCCUAAUGCACACAAAGACUGGGUCUGUGCUUUGGCCUUUGUGCCCAGCCGACCUAUGCUGCUGAGCGCCUGCCGUGGUGGAACAGUGAAGGUCUGGAAUGUUGAUAACUUCACAACUGUUGGGGACAUCAAGGGACAUGACAAUCCGAUCAAUGCCAUCUGCACCAAUUCCAAACACAUAUUCACAGCUUCCAGUGACUGCCGGGUAAAGUUAUGGAAUUACGUGCCUGGGCUCACCCCCUGCCUUCCACGACGUGUCCUUGCCAUCAAGGGCCGUGCCACCAGUCUGCCUUGACCCUCCUCCUGUCUUCUUCUUCUCUCCUGCUUACUUUUUCUUACUCUGUUUUCCCUCCCCCACUUCUUUCUGUACCCUACCCCUCUCUCUGCGAGCUGAUCUCAGCUACUUCCUAACGGUAUGCAAUGAUUACUUGCUUUUCUUUCCUUUUAGGGCAGCAUGUGAAGGUGUUUUCCAAGGGAGGCAUGACUCCCUACUAGUCCACCUCCAAAGUAGAAAUCCUUUCUCACUCUGCUCCCUGAUUUGCUGUCACAGUCACAUUGCUAAAGCUGCAUGCUUCACUUAGCAGUCUGCCCCAGUCUGUGAAAUAAAAGAAACUUACUUCUAUCAGAAGUUCUAUCAAACUGGCUCACGUUUGAUAUAUAAGGGUCACUGGUAAUUCAGUGAAAGGGGCACAUGGUUUUCUGAGGUGGCACUCCAAGCCAUCUUCCUUUGUAGCCUUGUUCUGCAGUAAGCAAAGGUAUUGGAAUUCCACAAAUAGAAGAGCUUUUGGGAAUCAUAAAAGGACAAAAAGAAAUGAGAGAGGCCAAGAUCUUUUUGUCUAUUAUUAUUACUGCUUACGGACACACUAACAUAACCUGAUGUUACAGACUGUCGUUAAAUGGAAUGUCAUGUUAAACAUGCUUUUUAAAAAGCAUGCCUAAACUGGCCCAUUUUAGUUUGAAGGAAAAAGCAGUUGCACAGGAAUCUGGAGGAAGGAUGCAAAUAGCAGCUGUUGAGGGAUUUGGAACAGGAAAUCAGUAUGAAGCAUGAAUCAACUUGGGGACCCCCAAAGCUGCUUUUCUUCAGAAAGCUUUAUGCUUCAGAAUGAAUGCGGCCAAGAAAGCAUGCCUUUUACAAGCAUCUAGUCUUGUCCUAUGUCUCCCCUUUCCCCUUUGAACUUUACAGGUUUCAUAUUCUUACUUUUUCCCCCCCUUGUUCCCCAGUGACUGGACAGUGAAGCUCUGGAGUGCAAGGAAGCUACAGAAGAGCAACAUCUAGAAGCUGGGAAAAGACUAGACAUGAUGACCACAGUGGGGAUUACAAGAAGGCAGAGGCAGUGCCCUUGUGGAGCCAUCUUUUCUGGGGCUAAAAUGUAGUAUUUAGCUUCACACUGGAAUAUCAUAUGCUUGAAGCUUUGGGAACAGAUGGCAGGCUGGUUUUUAGGUAUUAUGUAUACCAGCAUGUGUUUGGGUUAGGUGGUGCAAAGAAAUCUCCUUUCCUUUACCAUUUUCAUGUGUGGUAGGAAUUUGCAAUGUUAACAGAAAGAUAAAAUGAAAUCAUACUUGGAAUUGCUAACAAGGGAAGAAGGUGAGACAUUUGAAAGUUUCUCAAGUCAUCAGAAUUCAUUCACCACGUAAAUAGACCUCUGCUAAGAUGGAUGACAGGCUCUGCAAAAUACAUUAUUUUCAAUUUAUAGGCCAGAGAUUUUAUCAAGGAAAGAGGAGAAAGAUUUUUGCCGUAUCCCACCAUAUCUUAAAGAGUUAUGCCUACAAUCUCCUGUUACCAAGAUUAUAAGGUCUAUCAGUGAAACUGACAGGUAGCAAUCUAAGCAUGCUAACUGCUUGUAUGGCUGAUUGUCAGGUUUUAGAGAAUAUUUCUUGCUCUAGUUAGAUAUUUCAUAUAUUGUUAUUUUUAAAGGGGGAAGGGUGGGGAGAAGUGAUGACAAAAGUGCUACCUUGAUUUGAUCACAUGUGAGGUAUUUCUGUUUUCACUCCAAAAAAUAGAACUUGCCCAAAAGGUUUUCAUUUUGAGUUACCAGCUGACUGACAUAUUGCUUUUUGCAUGUUAAAAGAACACAAAUCCAUUGUUACAUUGAGAACUACAACACUGGUGAGUUAUCUUCUGUGGCAUCAGGAUUUUUUUUUUACAGAUUAAUUUCUGUACUUCUGCCUCAAACCAGAGGUUAUAACACAGGACACUUAUUUUCAUUGUUCUGAAUAUGCAACAAAAAAAGUCUUCAGCUUCUGGAGUAUACUUUGGAGUAUACUUUGGAUUCUCACUCUAAAAUUCUUCUCAAGUUGCCUGGCAAAUUCAAAAACAUUUUAGAUUGCAGAGCUGUUCACUUUGCUCUCUUCCAGUCACAAAAUGGAUGUUGUUAUAGAAAAUUAUCCUUUCCCCUCAAAUGGAGAAAGGACCCUUUUGUCUGGGAACAGAAAAGUAUGUUUAUCAUGGUGGUGGUGGUGAGCUUUCCCUUCAGCUUUCAAGCAGGAUAAGAAACUGGGACCUCCUUACAAGGAUAUGGCAAUACAUCCUGGAGGGAAGAAUAGACUUUCCCUUGAAGAAAAAGAGCCUGUGACCUUAAUCCCACUAUCCCAUUGUCUCCUUUUGUUUACAUCUAUUUGAAACGCAGAGAUAUUGGCUUGUUCAUAUUUAUAUUCUUGUUGUCAUAAGGAAAAUAAUCAGGAGAGGCUUGCCUCUCUAUGCUUCACUCAGCUUGAAUUUCCCUGUACGUUUUUCAGCCCACUUGAGUUUACCAAUGGGCAAGCACUUGGUGUAAGAAUCACUCUGUGAAGGAAGGAGCAGUUUUCACCAGUGUGGAACAUAGCAGAGCUGCUCAGACCUCCCCAAGAAAUUUAUCCUUUCCCUCACUUGGAUGGUAGUAUGUUUUAUACUUAAAUUCUCAUCACACAUCGGAUUAAAUUCACCUCAUGGCCAGAAGACUUGGGAAAAGCAGGACAUUGAUAUGGACAAGCAGGUUGAAACAAUCUUGCCUCCUGGAUGCUUCAGGCUAUUUGACAGCAUUGUCCCUGGUUUGUAUGAGUCUUUUGCUCUAAGAAAUUGGGCUGGAUGUGAACUUUGUCCACUUACAGACAGUGCGAAGACCCCACUUCUAUAUGGUGAAGCUGUGGAUUCUUCCAUCUGAGUAGGAAGUUGUACUGUAAUUUUGUAUGAGUGUUUAAAAGGUUCUGCAUAUUGUCUUGUGCAUUAUUUGGGGAGGGGGGGUAGCAGGAUGGAGAGGGGUUUGCAUAUGAGUGAGUUAUUCAAAGAGGAUGAGGGCUUGUUUUGAGUUAACCUACCUCAUGGUCUAAGGUAUUUGGGAUUUUUGUUUGUCUGUUUUUCAUGUCAAUGAAACUUGAAUUGGUCUGGGGAACGCACAUUAAUACUGACCCUGGUUUCUCAGUUUAAGAGUUCAAACAACAAAAUCAAGGCAAGUUGUGAACAGCUGGCUCAGUGCUUUCUCUUCACAGCUGGUUGGUUGGUUAUGUUCAAGUCCAAGAUUGGUUGUAUUUCCACCAACUGCACCAUUUUAAUAAGCUGUUCUUAAAUAUUAUGCCUGUUACUUAUUGAAUCAUGUUGUCUUUUAAAUCUUUUGACCUGUCAUUCUGGACUGAGAUAGGAGCGGACUCAGAUGUUUAAGGCUUGGAAGAGAUACCGUCUUCCACUGAUAAUGAAAUAGGCACAAUCCCCAUUCCCCUCACAUAGCUACCUAAGCUAUUUGGCUGGUAUUUAGGGAAGCUUGUAGUCACCUGUGAAUGUUUUUUACCUGCAAAAACUUAGGAAUAGAUUGUGAAUUAGCUGCACACAUUUCACCUAAAGCCUUCCUAUAUUUUUGUAGGAGGCUUGUGUAGAAUAAAGAAUAUGAAAUGUCCUAUAAAAUAAUACUUGAGAUAACUGAAUCAGUCUGCCAUAGGGCACUGUUCUUAUCUGUUAAAUUAUUGACCAUAUUGCCAUACAGUCCCAUGUGUCUCCUCAUACUGAAGAAACCCCAGGCACUCUUUAUUUCUUUUCCUUUUCCUUUCAUUCUUUUUACUCCUGUUCCCAUGGAUGUGGCAGAAAGUGCAAAUCUCUAGAAUUGGAAAUUGGGUACAAUCUGGGAAGGCCAUUUUAUUGGAAUUAAGUAGCGUUUGCCCUCCUGGGAAUAGUACUUGAAGCACAUGGUGGAAAGGAUUAAAAAUAACAAAAGCUGAAAAUCUCAUCUAUUUCAAGUGGCCUAUUGAUGUUUAUCAAUAGGACACUGUAAUGAGACUCUAGGGUGGCUUUAUAUAAUCUUCUUAGGUCAUCCAGCAACACUGGGAGAUUUCAGCCAUACUAAUAUGGUGUCCCAAAGGCACAACUUUUCAAUUAAAAGAGGCCUCAUGGUGAUAGAGUAAUGUACAAUUUCCUUGCAUUCCAAAAAGAGGAACUGUAGGGAAGGUCCUUAUGCACAUAAAUAACCUAAGACUUGGCUGCUUACUGCACCAGUUGGUCUCUGUGUACUAAACUUUGUUUCAAAAAGCACGUGCCUUUUCUUGGCCUGAAAGGGUUUUUUGUUUUGUUUUUGGUGGGUAUUUUUAAUAAAAGGCUGGUGCUUGUUUGGGGAUUCUGUGAGGAGCUGUAUCAUCUGGCAUAAUGGUCUUUUGUGUGGGUGGGUGUGAAUGUAUGUAUGUAUGAAAGGAUAAGGUAUGUACUAUUUUAUACCUCUGUGUAAAUACUGUAAGUUAUUUAAGGUUCUGGGUGUACAUGGUUUUCCAAUGAACGUGUUUGUUUUCCCUCUUAUUAAAUAAAUUUAUGA